UUGUUGGAUCGAUUUUCGUAGCCACCUGUAUUCUCACACAGUUAACCACAAUGCAAAAGAUAAAAAGCUAUAGGUGGCAAGGUAAACUGAAGCUUAGUAUAAGGUGUUCUUUCGUUGACAAAGAACUACGCGUAUUAAUUUUUUUUUUCAUCUUAUUUUUUUCACAAAAGCGCAUAAUUCAAAUCGAUACAAUGAAGUUUGUCGAUGAAAGAAAACAAAACAAAAGCUGUUUCAAUGAUCUCCAUUAACCGGUCAAUAUAGAGGUGCAUUUUUGUCAAUUACUUAAAAAAUGUUUAUGUUGCAUCUAUAUAUUAUAUUGUAUCAUGUUUAAAAAAGAAAGUGUAUGUGUAUUUGUGUCUUAUUUUAGAUAUUCGUAAUUUUUUCGUGUAUAAUAUUAUAUUUAUGAUAAUUAUCACAUUUAUGUAUUUAUUGGUUGUGAUCUUGUCGAUCAUUCAGAAAACAUAUGUACAAGUGUGAGCAUUGUGACUGUAUUUAAAAUAUUGUGAUUUAGUUGUGAUAUUUAUAUAGAUAAAUAUUUCAUACAUACUUCAUUGGAAUUAUAAUUAAAUUUUUUUAUGGAGAUCGAAAAAAAUUACGAAAUAAUUUAAGUGACAUCAUGAAUAUAUUGUUGAAAGCUAAAUUCAGUGAACUGACAGUGAAGAAGUAUAAUUUAAAAGUUGAAGGAAAAUUCAUUUACAAUCACGGUAUCAUAAAUGUCGGAGUAUCAGAAAUUUUUAAUAAUCGAUUGAAAGAAUAAUGAAAUUUAGUUAUUUGUAACGUUGUCUAUAAAUUCAAAGUGAUAAAUCACGGAGUCAACCAAAAUCAUGAAAUGGAAAAAAAGCCCAAUGGAAUUUUUAUCCGAGAAAACUUUUCUGGUGAUUAAGGACGACUUGGAUAUGUUGAAAAAGAAAGGAAAGCAACAAGGGAAAUCAAAAAUACCGAAUACAAGUACUUGGCCACCAAAAAUAAAACGCGGUGUUUCCUUGUAUGAUGAACCAGAAAGACCAAAGACUGCGAAUCUCGAAAAACCAAGCAUCCUAGAUCCUGAUCUCGUCGACAAAUUGGAUAUGUCUCUUCUUAGCAAGGAAUCACUUAUUGACUCGAUAACGCAGCAUCGUCUUUUAAAAACAAGUGGAGAAACUUCGUCGUUUCCUUCGUCAUCAAGAUACCGACAAAAUGUCAUUGGGACUGAACAACAACGAGAACAAUAUAGCCUAGUUUUGAAUGGUGAGGCGACGUGGUGCAAUCCCUUCUCCUUACGCCACAAACGACGUAGUUUCGAACACAUUCUCGAUUCGAAGCUUGGUCAUAUCGACAUGUCUAGGAUGCAAAAGCAGUCGUGUAUAGGCGGACAGAAUAUGGGUUUUACGAAGAAGAAUAAUACAAAACUGGAUGAUAAUAACAAUAGAAAUGGAACGAUUAAUCAGAAGGUUGUUUCCUUGUCCACGUUGAAAAAGAAGAAUUCAAGACCUAUACAAUAUGACCUGGAGGUAUUUACAGCUUCCUCAACAAAGAGUGCUCCAGAACCUUGUAAAAGCUGCGGAAAAUCGAACCAACCAGAACGAUUUCAUAGUCAUCCAAAGAGUACUCAGUCCAAAACGAAGGAUAACUUUACAAAUUCGAAGUCAAAAACCACAGUACCGAAAACUAUUCAGAAACCUGUUGCCCUGAAUUUUCGUAGCGAUAAAAAUAAAAACAAAGUGGAAGAAACAAUCACCGAAAAUCUCAAGUCAAAUUAUAAUCAAGAACGAUCUAAUAUAUCGUACAGGCCUUCAUCAGCACCAAUUAAGAAAGGACCAAGGAGUGUUACUUGUUAUAUAUGUGGUCGCGAAUUUGGAACUGCCAGUUUUCCUAUUCACGAGCCUCGAUGCAUGCAGAAAUGGGAACGAGAAAAUAAUUCGUUGCCUGUAAAUCAAAGACGACCGAUACCUCAGAGACCUGAUCUCACUAUCAAUCAUUCAGAUUGGAACGUAGCAGCGUGGGAAGAAAGCCAGGCACAGUUGAUUUCUUGCAAAUGUGGAAGAACAUUUUUACCGGAACGAUUGUUAGUGCAUCAGAAAAGUUGUAAAAUUUUUAUAAAGAAUUCUGAGACGGAAAAGACAGGAAGCUUGUUUAGAGAAAAGUCUGCAAGUAUAACACGAGUAGGACCUCCUAUGAUUACUUGCCAAUCUUGUGGCAAAAGUUUCGGCACUAAAAGUAUAAAGAUACAUGAGCCUCAAUGCAUCAAACGAAUGCAAACUGAAACAGAUAAACAGUUUCAUUCUCGAAAAAAAGAGCCGAUUCGACAACAAAAAUCAGAAAUGAUGAUCGUGCACGAAAAUUUAAGCAGGCCAACGGGGGUGAGUCGUAUUGGAAGACAUGCUUAUAUCAUUCAAUUUGUAUAAAUGUUUUCACAUGAUUAUUCGCACGAUAUUAUUCGCGAUUAUUUCGUCCUGUAUAAAUUAAAUUUUAUGUAAAAAUUUGUGACUUGAUUGUUAUAAAUAAAAAUGUAUUGUUUUA